AUUCUGAACCGCUCCACAGUUGACUUGACAGCCUCUUUUCUAUCUGACGCCUCUUGUAACGGCAGGACAGAACACAUCCCACCCAGUCAGUUGGAAGACUUCUGAAACGUUGAUAUACUAAUCAGUGUACCUCAUUAGGUUUGGCACCACGGAGGACGGAAUUAAAUGAUUCUCAUAAACUCCAUUCACUGCUAAACGGGUGCACCACUGAGAGCAUCUUCUCAGGCUGCAUUACUGCCUGAUAUAGCAGCCGCAUGGAUCGCAAGUCCCUCCAGAGGGUGGUGAGGUCUGCAGCUGCCAUUUAAUCUCCAUGCAAGGCAUCUGCCAUACAUUAUGCCUUAGGAAAGCACGGAACCUCAAAGACUACAGCCACCAAGAAACCUGGAUGAAUAAUCCAACGUGAGACUUGGUGCCACUCCUGUAGACUAAGAUGUGUGUCUCUGCUCUGACUUGGCUGAUGCUGAUAUGUUUGUGGACGGUGAUUGUCAGGAUACAAGGUCUCUCUCAGCUGGUAGAAACACAGCAGGUAGUCAUAGUAUCCCUGGGAGGAGAUGUUCAGUUCAGCUGCAGACUCAUGGAACCCAAAGAUGUCCUGCAAGUCACCUGGCAAAAAGAGACACCAGGAGGGACUGAAAAUGUGGCCUCCUACAACAAACGUUUUGGUCCAAAAGUAAACCCACCUUUUAAUAGGAAAGUGAUGUUUCUAAAUGAGGGACUGCAGAACUGCUCUAUAGUCAUCAGAGGAGUAUCCAGAAAAGAUGAGAGCUGCUAUAAGUGUCUGUUUAAUACUUACCCAGAUGGAGCUAUCAGUGGAAGGACCUGCCUUCAAGUUAAUGAGCUGUAUGGACCUACAAUCCUAGUGACACAAACCAAUUACACUCAUCCCCUCUUCUCUGGGUUAACUGUCUCCUGCUCUGCCACGGGACAACCUGCUCCAAUAGUGGCCUGGCAUGAAACAGCACAUUUGGCUUUGGAAAAUCUUACUACUGUCACCCAUCCCAAUGGAACUGUUACUGUCACCAUAACUUCCACACUGGCAGUUCCCAGUCUACCUGACAAUGACACCAUGGUUAGGUGUUUGGCAUCGUCUGGCUACAUCAUCAAGGAGGGUUCUGUAAAUAUUCCAACCUCCUUAACUGGUCUUGGUAAAUCUCUGCCUCCAGUCACUGAUGGUCGGAUAUGCGGUCGUGGGACAGUGGUUGGUUCAGUGAUGGGUUCAGUGGUUCUCAUUGCUUUAAUCUGCAGCAUAACUUGGUGGCUGCAUAAGAGAAAUCAAACUAGCAGACAUGAAACAAGACUACAAGAUGUUGAUGAAAGUAGAGAUCCUUUCGAACUGCAAGAAACGUCCAAUGUGGCGGUUGAGAAGGAAAGAGGGAGUAGUGAGGAGGAUUCACCAGUCAGGAAAUAGAACCAACCCUGCUCCUAUUGUCACGGUAUGGUGAGCAGCAGCGCCACCGUUCCGUGCACCCUCAGUUCCUGUCACAUAUGAACGCAUCCCGGACUUGUUUCGUGUCAUGUCCUUCAUCAUUCACACCAGGUUCCUACCAGGUCCCUCCCCACAUUUGUGGAUCAUUGUUCGAUGUUGUCGUCAGCUAUAUGUUUCAGAUAUAACCCAUGAGUGCAUUCAUUUUGCUGCUUAAGUCAGCCCUUUUCUUUCGUCAUUUUGGUUGUGCUCUGUGUUUGUUUAAUUAAAAAAGUCAACAUCGACUACCUUCUGCCUGUGCCCGGUUCCUUACUCCCGCAAAAAAAAAGAAAAAUAGGUUACAUUAAAAGUGGAAAACGUUCUGACAUG